GGCAAACACUCCUGUCCCUAGCAUGGAGAAGGAGCUCAGCAGAACCCCAGCCAGGGGGCUGGACAAGUUCAUAGAGGACCAUCUCCUCCCUAACACCAGGUUCCGUGAUGAGGUCAGAGAAGCCAUCAACAUCAUAUGCGAUUUCCUGAAGAAGAGAUGCUUCCAAGGCACUGACCACCGUGUGAGGGUCUCUAAGGUGGUGAAGGGCGGCUCCUCCGGCAAAGGCACCACACUCAAGGGCAGGUCGGAUGCAGACCUGGUGGUGUUCCUGAACAAUCUUACCAGCUUUGAGGAUCAGUUAAAACGACGGGGAGAGUUCAUCGAGGAGAUUAAGAAACAGCUGUACCAGUUGCAGCGUGAGGGAGGUUUUGGUGUUAAGUUUGAGGUCCAGAGUUCACGGUGGCCCAACUCCAGGGCUCUGAGCUUCAAGCUGAGCUCCCCCCAGUUCCAACAGGAGGUGGAGUUUGAUGUGUUGCCAGCCUAUGAUGUCCUAGGUCAUGUCAACAUCUCCAGAAAGCCUGACCCCGAGAUCUACAAAAAGCUCAUCCGUGAGUGCACCUCUAAGGGUCUGGAGGGGGAGUUCUCCACCUGCUUCACGGAGCUCCAGCGAAACUUCCUGAAGCAGCGUCCAGCCAAGCUGAAGAGUCUCGUCCGCCUGGUGAAGCACUGGUACCAGCUGUGUAAGGAGAAGCUGGGGAAGCCACUGCCCCCGCAGUAUGCCCUGGAGCUGCUCACAGUCUAUGCCUGGGAACGUGGGAGUGGGUCCACUGAGUUCAACACAGCCGAGGGCUUCCGGACAGUUUUGAAACUGGUCACCGAGUACAGGCAGCUUCAAAUCUACUGGACAGUGAAUUAUGACUUUGAACACGAGGAAGUCUCCAAGUACCUGCACGGACAGCUCAGAAGAGCCAGGCCUGUGAUCCUGGACCCGGCUGACCCAACAGGGAAUGUGGCUGGUGGGAAUCUGGAGGGCUGGUGUCGGCUGGCAAGAGAAGCGGAGACCUGGCUACAGUACCAAUGCUUUAAGAACUGGGAUGGUACCCCAGUGUGCUCCUGGAAUGUGCCAGAGAGCCCCUAACAGGUACCCAGACCUUGGUAGGAUCCCAGACCUUAGCACAACUGACUCCAUGAUGGAAGUACCAUUCAGGCCAUAAAACUCAGCAUGUAGACAGCACCGCCUGCCAAAAUUAAAACAAAGGCCCAAUCCAUCAAAGCCCAUAACUCUGAGGAAGUCUCUAAAUGUACUAACUUUGCUUUUUGGCUUCUGUAGUUCUGCUUCUGGCUAACUGUUCUAGCUAACUGAGGUGUGUCAACUCAGGAUGUGGGUUUUGUGCUCACAAGCUCACCCUGAGAAAGGAUCAGGACUGUACUGGGGUCCCCAACACACAGUGUAGUCACCAGCCAGAUAUUAAAGACUUGCUAUAGGCUUGACCCCAUGUCAGAGCGGUCUUCUCUGGUGGAUACCCCACAACAAGACCUUGUCAUCCUCCU